AUGAUCUCUCGAGCUCAGCCGUUCGGAGCUCAAAGAUCGCUGUUCUCUGCAAACUGCCGUAUACGACGCCAUUCGUCAACCCAGACGAAUCACAAUUGGGGCCCCCGGCAGGCCAAUCCCGACGCCGCCAAAGAUGAGGUUGCUACACUGGCUACCAGCCCUCGUCGACCGCUAACUCUUGCAGACCUCCUUAAGCAUGGCCGCCCGCCUUUGUCUAAAGAUGCGCUCCUGGCCUCGGCGAAUUUCACCCUCUCUCUCCUUCCGGCACGACUGGCAUCGCGAAUCCAAGCUCUACGAAACCUGCCCUUUAUUGUGGUCUCCAACCCGCACGUGUCGAAAAUCUACCACAAUUACCUCCAUUCCUUCUCUACUCUCCUCCCAUACCAGCAACGCCGGAUAACCACAUUGGAGGAAGAGCAACGGUUCGGAGAUGUGCUGGCCGAUCUCGUCCAGACACAUGCAAACACAAUCCCCGUCCUCGCCCGUGGAUUUCUCGAGUGCCGAAAAUACGUCAACCCGGAAGAUGUGACACGCUUCCUGGACACCCAUUUGCGUGCGCGUAUCGGCACCCGUCUGAUCGCCGAGCAACACUUAGCUCUCCAUUUCGCCUCGCAGCCGGUUGGCGAAGAACCCAAAAAUAGCUCUGAGCCACCGAAACCCAAGGAAUCAAUCCCCUCCAAUUACAUCGGCGUGAUCGAUACCGCGCUUCAACCGGCGCGUAUCAUCCGGCUAUGCGAAGACUUUGUUGGGGAGAUCUGUGAACUCAAAUACGGAGUGCGUCCCCGUCUGGAGAUCGGAGGCGAGCCCGAAGCUGCGUUUGCCCAUAUCCCAGUCCACGUGGAGUACAUCAUUACAGAACUCCUAAAGAAUGCGUUUAGGGCGACCAUUGAGUCUGGAAACGAGCGCGAACCUAUCGAGGUGACCAUUGCGGCUGCUCCGGACGUUCCAGGGAAUGAGCGUCCAAUUCAAGGGGACACCGACGUUGGAUUUGAACUCGAUGAGGCUAUGGGCUCCCCGAACGCAUCAUCACAGAGCAUUACAAUCCGCAUCCGCGAUCGUGGCGGUGGCAUUCCACCCGAGGUUCUGCCUCACAUUUGGUCCUACAGCUUCACUACAUUCUCAGACAUGGAUUUCCGUGGCUCCGAAAACGGUAAUUUGGAUGCUUUGAAUACCAUUGCAGCUAGUGGUGGCCAUCUGAGCAGUAUUGCAGGACUCGGGUAUGGAUUGCCUUUGAGCCGCGCAUAUGCUGAAUAUUUUGGUGGCAGUAUCGCAGUUCAGAGUCUUUGGGGAUGGGGCACGGAUGUCUAUCUGACUUUGCAGGGAGUUGGAAAAAUCGAUUGA